AUGGAGAUAUUUAAUACGGAUCUACAACAUGUCGAGAUCGGGGUUGCAUUUGGACUGAUUUGUAUCAUUGAGAUUUGCAUCAAUGCAAUGGUUCUUUAUUCGAUUUGUGCGGGAAGAUUGUGGAAAGGACGAGGGAGUCCCAUUUAUAUUAUUGCUGCCUCAAAUCUUGCAGUGGAUAUUAUUCAGCUGUUGAUUCAUGCAAUCUAUUUGAUGCCUUGUAUAACGGCAAAUAAAUUUAUAUUUAUUGGUGGUCGUCACGGGUUUGGAAAUGUUUUCUUCUCUUCAGUGUUUAUGUUUUGUUGGUAUCACACCUCGUUGAAUCAAACGAUAACUGCGUUGAAUAGGGUGAUGGUCAUUUGUUUCUCAUGCCGAUCAUUCAAUACAACAAGAGUUGUCAUCUUAUGUUCAUUGGUCUAUCCGAUUUCGCUCGUUUUAACUCUUUUGGCUCAACAUUUCUUCCCUUGUUGCAAAUUUUCCUUUGAUCACACGAUUUACUCAUAUUCGUACACGACGAUUGGUGAUACACCAAAUUGGUCGAAUAUGAUGGAUAUUCCGCUCAAUAAUACAUCGUCUCUCAUUUGCGUCAUCUCAUAUUCUUGGAUCAUAAUCAAUAUGCGAAAGUCUCGACGAAACCUCUCAACAGCAAUGGCACCAGCUGUAUCGUUGAGAAGGAAAUAUAAAGAAUACAGGUAUGCCAUGCAAUUUUGUGCAAUUUCCGUCUUUUACUUGUUGGCUUGGGUGUGUUUUCGUGUUUUCCCUGUUUGGUUCGGAGAAUCGAGCAAAGAAUGGUUUUCUUUCAUUGCUCUUUGUGUAAUCGUGAACUCCGGCGCGAAUGGUUUCACUUAUUUGUGCAACAAUCAAGAGGUACAACGCGAGUUGAGGAACACGUUCACGAAAUUCGUGCUCACCGACUCUUCAUAUCAUUCCAGAACAUUGCAAAAUCUGUCAAACUCGGAUAUUGUUCGAAAACAGCACCUUUUACUGAGCAAUAAUAAGUUACGAUCUUCGAAAACUUCAACUACGAGUGAGCUAGAAAUGUCUCGUCCUAUCAAGCAUUCGUAUCGCCACUUUUACGAGGAAAAGGAUGGAAUCGUCAACCAGGGGACUGCUUCUGCAACCGUCCCUACCACUGAUUUGACGACUUCAAAGUCCGCUCCAAGCCAAGCAGCACAAGGUCAAAUGGAUCGCCGUCAGCGUCUUCCAGGCUUUUCGCCAUUUACCAAUUUUGGAAGAAACACUUUCUUCGACGAGGAUUUCGAUCGUGUAGCUGUUCGUCCUUAUUGGGCUGACACUUCAAUGUUUAGCGGACAUCGCCUUGGUGAAGGGGUCAAUGAGAUUGUGGAUAAUGAGGUGGAGUUCAAGUUCACCAUCGAUGUUUCUCAAUUUGAGCCUGAUGAGCUGAAAGUGAAUAUCAUUGAUAACGAUCUUGUUAUUGAGGCUAAACACGAUGAAAAGGAUGACAAAUUUGGAACGAUCGCGCGUUCGUUUGUGCGCAAGUUUAGACUUCCAACAACUGUCAGAGCUGAAGAGGUGAAGAGUGAACUUUCGCGAGACGGUCACCUCACCGUUCGCUACGAAAAGGAACGCUCUGCUGGCAUCAAGAAAGUUCCAAUCCAAAUCCAGAAAGCC